CUUGGGUUCAGAACAACACUGUGAUGUUUAAAUGAAUCAAAAAUCAACAGAUUGUGUGGCUGCAGUUCUUUGCUUUUCAUUAUGUUUUUUCUUCUAUUAGGUAGUAUGAGGCAGUUUAUGCAAAGCUGUAAAAAGAGCAUGCAUUUUGAAUGACAAAUAUGCUUUGCUAUAAAUGAAACACGACACGGAUGCGAUUUGGUUCAGUGAGAAGGCUGUGAUACACUGAUCAGGGCAGAAGUUAUGCUGACUAUUCUUCUGAUAACAGCUUUGUUUGGCCAAGGCCAGUCAUGGGACAGUCUUGGAAUAAAAUUCAUCACAGCAUUCCCAGAGAACAUAGCCUUCUACUAUCCAGUUAAUCCAGUGAAUUCUCUCAAUAUCACCGCUCUCUAUGCUGACACCGUGGUGACAGUCUCCACCUCAGACGGUUGGAAAUACAAGGACACACUGCCGGCAGGAAAACCUGUAACUGUGACGCUGCCACUGGAUAUUGAGGAAUAUCGUUUCACUCAAACUCAUCGGACCGUCAGAAUCAGCAGCACGGACCACAUCGUGGUGCAGUCGAUCAGUCAGCGAGGAGAUAGUGUACAAACUAAUGUCGUUCAGCCUGUGAAAAAUCUCGGUACGUUUUAUUCCAUUCCCUCGCUGAAUUACAGCAAGAUGAUCAAUACUUUCUAUCAGUCGACAAGAAAUUUCAGCAAGAUAUACAGCACCUUCAGGCUGGUUAUUAUCAAUGGAGAAGAUUUAAGUAAUUAUGUCACAAUUGUAAAAAUGUCUGAAAAGAAGGUGCACACACUUGGUCCGUACGGCGUUCUCCAGCUCCAAACCGAUGGGACAGAAAUUGCAGUUGAAUCUUAUUAUAUAGUAGCUGUGAUGAUGACCCAUCCAUGUGUAGAAAUGGCCGAAUGCAGAUGCAACAUGGUGGUGAACCAGCUUUAUCCCAACUCUCAGUGGGAUAGAAGAUUCAUUGUACCCUCAAUACUGAAAACAAGUAACGUUUGGCUACAUCUGACGUCCUCAACCAAUAUCACUGCCAGUGGCGGGGAUCUAGAAUCGGGUACUUUGGAAGCCGAUUCCUCAAAACUCCUGUCUCUCCCAUCUUUGCAGUCAGGAUCCCAGUUCAUCAACACAUCUGAUCCUGCUUCCCUCAGGCUUGUCAGUCCAGGCUUCAUCAUUGAACCGAUCCCACAAUCCAGGUUCUCUGCAUGCUACUUAGUAGUGCCUGUCAGCUCGACAGAUGCCAAGGCCUUAGUGAUUGCAGAAACGGACUACAGGGAUAGUGUGUAUAUAGAUGGUGAUUUGCUUUCAUCUGCUACAUGGAGCACCAUCGCCAAUUCAGAGUACUCAUCGGCUUUAGUGUCUCUUAAUGGCUCGCAUGUCAUUUGGCAUCCAUCCACAAAGAUCGCCGUGUACGUGUUUGAGAAGGGAACAAAUGUGUAUGGAGGCCCAGCUAUAUCUUUAAGUGCAAAACCAGACCCUUUAGGCUGUGCAUUGGUCCCUUCCAAGUUCAACAUCAUCUUUAAACCUCAAACCUGGCCUGAAUCCCAUCAAAACUGUAUACUCGUAAGUGAUGAGCUUUUCAGUCCGAGCAAUAAAGCGGCCCAAAUGGAGAUGGUUGACAUUCUGAAUAGUGAAGGUUUAAAUGAGAGGCUCUGGAUCGGACUGCGCCGUAGUCUGCUCACAUUAGAGUGGUAUCGGCAGAGGGGUAAGAAUGCAUACGAUAUGACAUACACGCAGUGGGGAACUGGGGAGCCAAGUGUUGCUGAGAAGGGCAUGUGCGCUUCAGUAUUCCCAAAUUCAAACAUGGAUUUCCAUUGGAAAAGUGUACCCUGCUGUGCUCAACUGAAGUCUAUCUGCUACACAAGGGCUCUUUACUUUCCUCUGUAUUUUCCCAUCUCAAAUGAUAUCUCAAAUGAGAAAGGUAGUAAUUCUAAUAGAAAUGCUGGACAAAAUGAAGAUGUAUAGUAAAAACUGGCCAGGACAUCUGAGGAUAACAUUUUUGUUACAAUUCAUAGCUGUAUACAUUAUUAAAUGAUAUAUUGUUAAUAUACAAACCUACUUAAACUUCUAAAAUAGCUCUAGUUUAAAUAGAACAGAUUAAAGAUGUUAGAUCACAAAUAGGUAGAUAUGAAGUUGUUUGGUCACAAAUUCCUCCAAGAAGAUCACAUUGCCUUUGUAACCACGAAUAUUGUAUGUAGUCUAGAUCUUAUUCACAGUGUUCACACUGUUUAUCUAGAAACAUGGAUUUAUAUGCAGUCAUCAACACUUUGUAUUUGCAAUAUAUAGAUGUAUUCUUUCAAAAAAGACAUUCAUAAACAGAUUUCAAGGUAUAUAGUCAGCAUGAAACAUAAGCCAUGAUAGUCUUUUCUUCCCUGUUGUAAUGUAUAUCCGAGUGAAAUGGCUUCUUGAAUAAGAAAAAAAUGUUGGGUGGGACUUCAUUUUGUCCAUAGGACAUUGUUUGGAUGCUUGUGGUUUGCUAUUGCUGUGAUCCGCCCUCUCACCAGUAAACAUCAUCAGAGAAGACAUAUUUCUGCAAGAAGUAGGGGAAGUUAUUUUGAUAAACGUUUACAAGGGCACAUUCAUUUUUAAGAAAUAAGUCAUUUAUAAUAAAUACUUUUAAAAACCAUCUCCACAUAGCAUCAUCAUAUGUGUAUACAUGAAUGUCAUAUUUAUAAGUUGUAGAAUUCAAAUAAACAUAAGCUUUCAGACCUCAAGCCUGGUGCAUGCAUCAUUUAGCCUUUGAUGGCAGUGAGAAACUGAGUGAUGCCUGCUGUAAAAAUAUACAGCAUGUGUUAUAUGACAAAUAGCCAUAUGUCAACAGCUCAUUAUGCAAACUUGUGGAGACACUAAAUGUGUUUUGAAUGCAAAAUGUGCCUUUGUUGCUGGAAAAACGCACAAAUGAAGAUUAUAUUGCUCAGAGAGAGGACGACCUUUGGCCUUGAAGCAUCAGGUAAGUCUUAUUGAUAAUAUAUGACACAACAGAAUUUUAGAUAUUAAUACUGUACUACAUGGGCAUGUUUAUGAACGUCUGUAUUGCAAUCAUAAAUUCAAGAACCAUUUAAAUCAAGAAGUUUUUGGUUAUGUUUAUAACUUUAAUUCAUGUAGACUUUAUAGCACUCAAAGUUUUACAUCUACAUUUCAGGGUUUUAUUCAGUAAAUUCAAAAUAAGUCUAUUAUUUAUUAUGACUGAUUCAACCUAAUUUUUAAGGUCAGUUCAGGUAGAAAUAUUUCCUUAAAGUAACAUUCACACAGCUUCACCUUCUACAGUGCUCUAUAUUUUCUAUAUGAAUCACAAAUCUUGUGUAUAUUUUGUUAUAUUACAUUUCGUGUAUCAAUCAACCUUCAUGAUUAUUAUUCUUCUUGAUUGUCAGAUUUUUUACAUCUAGGCUAAUAUAACACCAGUAGCUGCUCAAAUCAACCGAGAACCACAGAGUGACAGUGAUGCUGUUCAAUCUUCUCUUCAUGUCACUGGUUUGCCAGGGGCUGUCAGUGGAGAGCUAUGGAAAAGACUUCAUCACGGCAUUCCCGGAGAACAUUGCCUACUACCAUCCACAAGAGUCCUCCAACACGCUCCAAAUUACUGCUUUCUACAACGACACCACCGUCUCAAUCACCAUCAACUACACAAACGUAUAUAAUGAAAAGCUACAACGUGGGCAGACUAAAACUGUACAUUUUCCCAAGUAUGUCGAGCAAUAUCAGUUCACACGCUCCCUUUAUUUUGUCCGAGUCAAUAGCACCAAAUUGAUCGUGGUGCUUUGGAUCAGUCAGCACGGGGACAGCGUGCAGUCUCAUUUCGUUCAACCUGUAAAGAAUCUUGGAAAGCUGUAUUCAAUCCCCUUUAACAAUUACAAUCAGAUGAUGGCGUCCUCGUCCAAUAUGGCAGAUCUGUUAGCUCCGGACAGCUGGAGAUACAGCUCAUUUAGGCUGAUCAUUAUCAAUGCUGAGAACAUCAUGAACGCCAUCUCUAUCCAAACAGUUGGCACGAAUGCUCAAGGAGCCUUUAACUUUACGCUCAGACCUUACGAACUUUUCCAGUUCCAAACCAACGGUUCAGAGAUUAAAGUGUACUCUAGUAACACCGUGGCUGUGCUGUUGACUCAUCCAUGUGUAGAAAGUACCGGGUGUGAUUGUAACAUGGUGGUGAACCAUGUUCUCCCCCAAAAUCUGUGGGGUCAGACUUUUGUUGUGCCUUCGUUGAAGAACCUGAAUUCAACUUGGCUGCAAGUGACAUCCACAAUGAAGGUCAUGCACAGAGGACAGAAUAUUAAAAUUAUAGCCUCAGAUUCUUCAGAUCUAAUUUCUUUCCCGUACCUUGAAAGUGGAUCUCAGUUCAUCAGUGCAUCAAAUAAUGUGUCCAUCAGGCUUAUCAGUCCAGGCCUCAUCUUAGAACUCAUGCCAGAAACCAUGUUUGCUGCCUGUUACCUGCUGCAGAUGAACUCAACAGAAGGUGAGGCCUUUAUCAUAGCUGAAACAGCCAGUAGGGGUGAUGUUCAUAUAGAUGGUGAUUUGAUUUCAUCCACUGACUGGAAAACCAUUACCAGUUCAAACUACUCCUCGGUAUCAGUGCCGAUUAGUGGCACGCAUGUCAUCUGGCAUCCAACCUCCAGGAUCGGAGUGUACAUGUUUGAGAGGAUGGAGAGUGGAAUUCCUUACGGAGGCCCAGCUGUGAUUUUAAAUGAAGAUCCAGAUCGUGAUGGCUGUAUGGCUGAUCCUGCACAAUAUAAAACCACUACUGAUGUCAUGACGUGGCCCGAAUCCCAUGAUUACUGCAUAAAUAUAACUUUCCAGAUGAGCACACCAAGCAGAGCAAGGGCCCAAAAGGAGAUGACCAACUUUCUGCAAAAAGACGCCGUUCCCGGGUACUUCUGGAUCGGGCUGCGGCGCAGUCUGCUCACAUUAGAGUGGUACUGGAAGAACGACGAUGACGGCGAAUACAAUGUGAACUACACAAAGUGGGCCGUUGGGCAUCCAGAGAAACCCCGGAAUGCUUUGUGCGCUUCUGUGUCGCAGGAUGCCAAUAAGGAUUUCUCCUGGAAGAGUGUGCCUUGUUGCACAAAGAUGAGGCCCGUCUGCAACAAAAAGGCCAAAUACUUCAGUGACCUGACCUUUGAUACACUAUAUGAUCAUUUUUUCAUAAUUAACUAAAAGAUUUGUCCUUAUCGAUUGUGUUCUUCUUUUAUUUGAAGUCAAUAAUUGCAGUAAUGAAUCAAACAUUUAGUCUUAUUCAGAAUCAUGAUUAAUCUAAUUUCUUAAUUAUAGAAAGCCUUUAACUAUUACUUGUCUGUUAAUUUUGAUUAAUUUUUGUUUUUAAUGCAUAAUAUAAAGACAUUUUUCACUUUUUUCAACAUUAAAAUAUGUGAAUCUUUAUAUGUCCAUGAUAGUUAAUGACAGUUAAUGAAAUAUUUUAUGGCCUCGCUUACUGUUACCGCACAAACUGAACAGCCUCUCAAAUUGGACAUCUGUAAAAACUGUUGUAAUGUCAGAUGUAAUGUUGGCUACGGUGAAGGCACCUAAAGUGAAAUUAGCUCCUAGGUUAAUACAAGUAUAUCUCAUAAGUUCACAAUGCUCUUGAAAAGUGCUACACCUUUAAGCCUAUUUGGCUAGAUUCUGGUGCAUUUGGGUAUGUUUACCUCUGUUGGCUGAUGUCUUUCAGCUCACUAUCGCCUCCAUGCUGCAAUGUCAUUUAAGCAAAUCACAUAGACACCUAGGCAUAAUUAUCUAACAGGCAGCAUUUUUCGAAUUUUAAAUGUGGUUUAUAAAAUCCAAAAGUGCACAAACUUUAUAUAAUGAAAAAACAUGUCUUGCUCACUUUAUUUGAUACAAGAAUUUGCUUGUCUACAUGUCACCAUAAAUUUAAGACAGCAUAGACUCUUUAAAGGG